GACUUUAUUUUAUGAAUGAUUAUGGCUCUGUUCUUUCUCUAUACCAGGAGAAGGAUGCAAGACUUACGCUGGGGAAACCAUAGCUCUCUUACUGAGUUUAUUCUUUUAGGAUUCUCUCGUAACACAGAGAUAAAUGUUAUUCUAUUCAGUGUCUUCCUCUUCCUCUACCUCAUCACUCUUCUGGGCAAUGGGCUUAUUAUCACCUUGAUACGCAUGGACUCCCGCCUCCACACACCCAUGUACUUUUUCCUCAGUGUCCUAUCCAUUAUGGAUAUGGGCUAUGUCACCACCACAGUGCCCCAGAUGCUGGUACACCUGGUUUGCAAGGAGAAGACCAUCUCCUACAUUGGAUGUGUGGCGCAGAUGUACAUCUUCCUGAUGCUAGGAAUCACUGAGUCUUGGCUUUUUGCAAUCAUGGCUUAUGACAGGUAUGUGGCCAUUUGCCAUCCCCUGAGGUAUAAAGUCAUUAUGAGCCCUUUGCUAUGUGGGUCAAUGGUGGCCUUCUGUGGAUUCUGGGGUAUCAGCUGUGCCCUGAUAUACACUGCCUCUACUAUGAUCCUUCCCUAUUGUGGUCCUAAUGAGAUCAAUCACUUCUUCUGUGAAGUACCUGCAGUCUUGAAGUUGGCCUGUGCAGACACAUCUCUCAAUGAUCAGGUGGACUUCAUCUUGGGCUUCAUUCUUCUGUUGGUCCCACUCUCCCUCAUCAUCAUUGUCUAUAUCAAUAUUUUUGCUGCCAUCUUGAGAAUUCGCUCAGCCCAAGGGCAGCUCAAGGCCUUUUCCACCUGUGCCUCCCACAUUACUGUUGUCACUAUGUUCUCUAUACCAUGUAUGGUUAUGUACAUGAGACCUGGUUCUGAAUCUUCCCCAGAAGAAGAUAAGAAGUUGGCUCUAUUCUACAACAUCAUCUCUGCCUUCCUCAAUCCUAUCAUCUAUAGUCUUAGGAACAAAGAUGUGAAGAGAGCUUUCCUCAAAGUGACAGGCUGGGGUAAAGCAACAGAAUGAAGUCACAGAAGCAUGGGUACCAGCAACAAACCCGGGACACAGCCUACAUGACUUCUCCAUCUAAAUUCUUUCCAACAUCCAAUGGGCACACAUGAUGUAUUAAUGGGUUAGUCUCAGUAAGAUCAUAUCUCAGAACACCCAGGAGGUUAUGGCAAUAGGUGUCCCUCAAGCAUAAAGACACCUGACAGGGAACUCCAUGAAGGCACGCCUAUAUUUGAUUCACUUCUGUACCACCAGUUUACAAGACCUGGCAUAGAAUUGGCACCAAUAUUCAUGUUUCCUAUUACUGAGUGAACAUGCACCUGAGUGCUUGAUCUCUGGAUUCAUGAAAUAAGUUCAAAUUGAUGGGCAUAAGAUGACUUCUGGUCAGUGACUGACUAAUGGUCAGUUACUAGUUACUGACUAAUGGUCAGUAACACCAUUAAAGCUCAGUCAGGGAUUUGACAAGGUCUGAACCACAGAACAAUUUAAGAAAAUCUAUUGUAAUCAUAUAAAAUAGGGUUCAGGAAAGUAAUAUAGGUCACAGGUCAUUUCUCAUUCAAUACUAUUAGGAGAGUAUUCAUUUAGGGCACAUAAACCCUCAUGUAUCUAAAGUAAGGAGCUCUGUCUUAGUGAAGUGGUAUUUUCAGGGGAGAGCAGAAUCUCCUAGCAAUUGGGAAAAUCUCCUCCCACCCAGACACUUUCAUAAUGCAUUUUUAACUUUAUUGAAAUACAUUGACAUAUGGGGAACUGUAGAUAUUGAAAGUAUACAAUUUGAUGAGUUUUGAAAUGUGUAUAUAUACUUAUGAAAACACCACCAUAAUCAAGAUCAUUAUCAUCAACCCCCAAAGUUUCCUUGUGACUCUUUGCAGUUCCUUUGUGUUAGUUAUCUAUUGGUGUGUGACAAAUUACCCCCAAAUUUUGUGGUUUAAAACAAUAAACAUUUAUUUUUUCUGUGGGUUAGGAAUCUGAGCAAAGUUUAGCUGGAUCCUCAGAUUAGGGAGUCUCAGAAGGCUGUAAUCAAGGAAUCAGCUACAGAAAUCCUACCACUUGACUGGGGAAGGAUCUGCUUCCAAGCUCACUUGAUUGUCACCAGGGUUCAGUUUCUGGUGGGCUUUUAGACUGAGGGUCUUUCCUGACAGCUGUACAGAGCAUCCAUCAGUUUCUUCCAUGUAGGCCUCUCCUCGGAGCAGCUCUCCACCUGGCAGUUGGCUUCAUCAGAGAGAUUGUGAGCAGGGUGGAGCCAGGGCCUUCUGUAACCUACUCUUGAAAGUGAUUUCCCAUCACUUGUGGGAUAUUCACGAGAAGUAAACUACUAGGUCCUGCCCAGACUCAAGGGGAGGGGAUGACUCAAGAGUGUGAAUACCUGAGUGCAGGGGUUAUUGAUUCAUGCAAAACUAUUUAGACUCUUACUGAUCAAGGAGUGGUCUGGGGAUUAGCAUCACCAACAUCAUUCAGGAGUUGUUAAGAAAUGCAGAAUUUUGGUAUUUCCACACCUAAGGAAACAACAUUUGCAUUUUAAAAGAUUCUACAGGUGAUUCCUACACACUUCUAAGUUUGAGAACAACAAUUUAGCCAACACUGCAAGGACCAUAUCACACCACCUGUGUAGUAUAAACUACAGCCUUUUUAAAUUAAAUUUUUAAAAAAGUUAA